CACUUGUAUUGGCAAGCUGACCAUCAUUACUUUUAUAAAUAUGCCGACGUAACUUAUUAUUUGUAGAUAAGGGAGAUUUUGUUAUAGCGUUUCGCAUUUGUGAAAGGUAAAUUAUAAUGUUACGACCCGGAUGAGACAGCAGACAAAGUUGUGAGAUUUAAGUUGGUAUGGGUAUGUUAUAUCUGAAGCAGUUUGGUAAACGGCUCUGAUAAUAAAAUAUGGACGAAGAAGUGGAAUUGGAAGAAGGCGAGAUUGUGGAUUACAACCCUAUCCCAAGACCCAGUGUUUGUGGAUCAAGUGUAACAACUAUGAAGUACAGUGACAACAGUGGAGAUGAGGAUGAUUCUGUUGACAGUGACAGUGGAAAUGACAGUGACUCGCCAUGUUUUAGGGCCAAAAAGCCGAAAUUAAAGAAGAAAAGUGUAGGUGCCAAAAGAACAACAAACACUGGUAAACAGAAUAAGUACAAUAUAUGGUGCAGUGAGCUGCAAGAAACAUCGUUAACAGAAGAGCUGGUAAACUGUGAUGUGAGGCAGAAGAUGUUGGACCGUUCGCGAGAUGUCGAGUCCUAUGACUACAAACUGGCCUACAGUAUGAAUGACCAGCAUGAGCCCAACGUGGAUAAUUUUGGCAGUGAAUCGAGGGCAUUUCAUCAGGGUAUGAAAAGACGUUAUGAGGAUAGAGGAAGUGUGAAGUUACGUCUUGGAAAGAGACAGAGCAAUAGCAGUGAGAGUGACUGUAGAGGUUCACCAAGGACUCUAUCAGAUCUUAAUGUCACGUUGGAGAAUACAAAUGAAGAAGUGGCUGAUGAUAUAGCUAACAAGCUCUGUGAGGAGAAAGAUGAUCUUAUUUUGAAAGUUGUUGAGGUUCUCGGUAAACAGAAGGCCAUUGACAUGUUCAGGGAAACAAGAAAGAUAGAAGAAGAUGGUGGUAUGAUGGUUUUGAAUAACUCUCGACGAAGAACUCCAGGUGGGAUAUUCCUUUUGCUGGUGAAAAGAGAUGGCGACAUUCAACAAGACAAGCUGAACUUGAUAUUCACAGAUGACAAAAAGAAAAGGGAAACAGUGAAGAAACAUUCACAUUCACGGUUGAGAAAGGCAAAGGCAGAAGAGCUGAGGAGGAGCUUAUCAGCAGAUGGCAUGUUGGCAGAAAGAGACCUGCCGGCCUUAUUGACUCGGUCAGAGCUACAAAUUCAGCAGCGACGCAAGGACUGCGAGACUGAUGGGGUGACUAAUCCCCCACCUUCACCAGCAACCGACGGACGGGAGAAUAGCAGUGACGGCGUUCCCGAGUUGAGUGAGCAGCUGGGGAACAGGCAGCUUACCGCUUACGCUGAUGCGGACUUCCUAGAUGUGGCCUGUGACAAUAUGGAUGUUUUCUAGUGAUAACGUGCCUCAAAAACACAAAACUGCGGUACUCUGUUUAUUGCAUAAGUUUUUUUGCAGACUUCGCAGUUUGAGCUACAGAUAGGCAGAUGUGAUAUUUUUCUGUUUGAAGAAUGUUGUAGUAUUGACUACUUGGUUGGCAUUUCAAGUUUAAUUUUGAAAUAAUAUGGAAAGCAGUUACAGCAAAUGUUUUUCGUGCAUUCUUAUGCGUCAUGAGAAAGUUAUAUUCAGAUUUCAUAUUUGCACUUGAAUGUUAUUCCUUGGUGAAUAUAUAUAAUAGUUUGCAUAUAUUAAGGUGGCGACUGACUU